AUGGAGAAAGCAAAACAACGUGAGCGGGAACAUGAAAUUGUAUAUGAGAGGAAGCUGCUGAAAGAGAGGAGCAAGGAUGAUCACCUUUUUGCAGAUAAGGAAAAGUUUGUAACCAAUGCCUACAAGAAAAAGCUAGCAGAACAUGAAAAAUGGUUGGACGAAGAGAGGCUCCGCCAAAUUCGUGAAGAAAGAGAUGAUGUAACCAAGAAGAGUGACUUGCGUGAUUUUUACUUUGGGCUCGGUGAGAAUGUAGCUUUUGGUGCUCAGUCAGAAGAUGCCACAAAACGGAAGGAACAAAAGCCACCCGGAGGCACUUCAGCGGUACCUGAACAUGGCCCUACUGAGAAGAAUGCACAGACAGAUUAUACUCGAGAUACAGAGAAAGAUGAUACUCAAGCCAAGACUUCUAGUCAUACACAGAACAACUCUGAACAAGCUGCAAAGUUAACAACAUCAGAUGUUACUGUAAAAGAUUACGAUGAUGGUGAUAAAUUGGCAGCUUUGGAUCAAUCAACUGAACGUUACACGAAAGGUGAUGACGCAUUGGCUUCAGCAAGAGAGCGUUUUUCUAACUCGAAAGAGAGCAAGACAGCAGUUGGAAAGCAGUUGUUUCGUCUCUAUUUAGCACUUAUAUCUGGAGUUAAAAUUGGUAUUCUCUAA